CAGGCGCGCGCGGUGUUUUAAGGGUUCAGGGAUUACACGCUCGAGCGGCCAGAGUCAUCAAGAGCAUUAAAAAGGCGCGUGUGGAGCAACUGGAUGAGGCUGAAGUUCUCAGGAACCUGUGGAUGAUGAGGUCUGCUGAGUUAUUUUAGUGCAGUGCUGACAGACUGCAUUUUUCUGAGCUGAAGCUUCUCUCCAGUGACCUUCACUUAGAAUCUGAGAUCAAGGCUUCCUUCCGUCAUGGAGUUGGGUGUGACCCCGAGGCGGCACAACCCUGUCGACAGCAUCUGUCGCAAGCUGCAGACGAUCCAGCGGCGUGACCGCGAGCCCAACUCUCCUUUCCAGAUCCCCAAACUGCAGUCGAGCAUCUACGACAGCCCCCACACAGGCCUGCGGUGCAACCUGGAUACCAUCCUGAAGAAGCGCAAAGGUGAUACAGAACACAGCAGCUCUCCACUUGUGCUCACUCCCGGUAUGUCCCACAGUUCAGGAAGGACCCUGUGUGUCCCUGUGACACCCCUCAGUCCUGUUAACGCCACUUACACCAUCACCAGCACUCUGGGCACGCUGACGGAGAAGGCCAGUGGAGCAUCCGGGCACAGCCUAGCCUGGCAGCUGAGCUGCUCCACACCUGCUAUCCACAACAAUGAUGCUCGCUUCGGCUUCACCCCGAGUGACCAGGAGAGGAGCAGAGCACCAGCGCACAGCUUGCUCUCCUACAACCUUAACUUUUGCUCUUCAGAUGCUUCCACAAUAUUAGACUGUGAGCUGCCUUAUCCAGCCCUGGUGGUCAAGAGACUCUCGAUGGGCGAUGGUGCUUCGUUGCCGUCUGAAUCCAAGAGAGAGAGUUUGGCUGAGGUCAGUCUGAUUUGUGAAGAGGACCUGCUCGAUACCAUUUUUCAGGCCUGUGAUACACAGUGUAGAGGGAAAGUGUACGUGUCUCACAUCGUGGACUAUCUGAGACACACGACGAGUCGUAGCUCUGAGGACAGCGGCCUGGAAGAACUGUGUAACAUGCUGGACCCCGAACACAAGGACAUCUCCAUUGACCUGGACACCUACCACGCCAUCAUGAAGGAGUGGAUCGAAGACUGUCGCAAUCAUGUGAAGGACAGUAAAAGUGAUGUGACUCAGGAAUCGGUCAAACUGCCAGAUAAUUUAUCGGCCAAGAGAUCAUUGCUGCUGAAUAUGACCUCGGGCAGCCUGGAGGCUUCGGGAGGAGAAGCUUCGAGAGCUGAGCUCGAGACGUCAGAUUUGGUGUUCUGCGUGGCCGAUUUGCAGUUUAAUAACCAGAAACUUCAGGAGGACGUUCGGAAACUGAAGCAGGCCAUGGAGGCGAUGGAGGAGAGCAACCAGAAACUCAUUGAUGAAAACGAGGAGCUCAGGACUCAGGCUAAAAUGGGGCAGCAGCUGCUGCAGAAGGAGCGCAUGCUGAAAGAGGAGGUGGAGGAGAUGAAACUGACUUUAAGCUCUUCGGAGGAGAAUCGAGUUCGAGCCUCAGCUCGGAGCAAACAGAUGGAACGAGAGAACCAGACUCUGAUCUCGAAGAUCUCUGUUCUGCAGGACGAGAACAUGAAGGUGUCUGUGGAGGUGGAGGAUCUCCAGAAGAAGAUGAAAGUGCUUUAUGAGCUCAGUGCUGACCUGCAGGCCCAGAUUCAUUCCUUCGACGCUGCCAUGACUGAGAAGGACACGUUAAUUCAGGAGAAAACGAGGCAGAUCGAGGAGCUGAAGGCUGCAGUUAUGGAGUACUCAUCAAUGACUGAAUUGCUGAGAGAAGAGAAGAGCAAGCUGGAGAGUCAGAUGCAGCUGCUGCAGCCAGACAAUGCCAUUCCUGGUCUGUCCCUCUCAGUGGCGUACAGACUGAAUCAGAUGAGUUCAGGUUCUCUGGAGACGGAGCUGGCCCUGGCACAGCAGAAUCCACCCGAGGGGGCGGAGCAAUUAUCCUCCAUCUGCUUGGCCUCACCUCUGGACGAGACUCUGGACCGUGAGGUUCUCCUCCUCCUGCAGGGUCCCACACCUGAGCACAUGUCUAUGGAGUUUAAAAUGCUGAUAAACAGACUGAGGCGAGAGUUUGAAGAGGACACACUGGAGGUUCUUACAGCACUUCCAAGCUUUAUGAAGAGUCAGGAAGUGCAGGAUACCAACACUGCCCCCAGACUCCAGGGCCUGCGGGUUCAGCUGGAGCAGCGGCGCAGCGAGUGGACUCAGGGUCUGGAGCAGCUGAAGCAGUAUACAGACUCCCUGGAGGAGGAGCUGCUGAAGAUGGCGAGCAACAUGCGCCGGUCACGCACAGAGAUCCUGCACCUGUCCGUCAGGUUACAGGAACAAGAAAAUCACAAACUGCUGUUGCGUGAUGAGCUGGAUCAGCUGAAGACUCCACAGGAUCGCAGAGACGCCAGCAGUCAGACAGACCUGCCACAAGACGAUGAAGAGAACUCCUCCCCGGAGUGGGACAGGGUGUAUCCGCUACUCGACUCUCCUGAAAAGGAAACCGUCGAGCUCCAGAUCCACACACAGGAAGACGAUCAGAAGCCGAAUCCUGCUGCUGCUGCUACUGGACCAUGUGAAAUUGAUGAGAAUCGACUCAAGGAUCAUGAUGAGCCUCAACAGGAGGAAGCCAGAUUCCCAGCAUGCACUGGGCCUCAUGACACCCACGAGCAGGCUGUGUGCUGCAGUGCUUCUCUUUCACACUCCUCCCACCCUCAGUGCGCUGAUGAAGGGACUCCGAGCCGAUCUGACCCCUCUCUCCCCCACACCCCUGAUGUGGUCUCUCCCCCAGCUCACAGUCCUGCAGUGGGUGAACCUUUCUCUUUAACUGAAAGAACUCCUGAGGAAGAACCAGGACCUGAAGGAGAGCAGGACGUCUCUGACAGCAUGAACAGUUCACAGAAGCUCCCACAGGAGCAGGUUUCUGCUGUGCCGACUGUACUGGAGAGGAGCGGUCUGUUGCCCGUAGCCGAGGAAGAAGAACCGACAUCUGAGGCGAGUCAGCAGGGGGCCAAGGCAGGGGGUGGAGCAACAAGGCAGAGUGUGGCGAAGGAUAACGGCGCGUCUGUCCCUCUGACCAUUAGGAGCAGAAUUAAAAAAGACCUGGAGACGCCCAGCGGCAGUAUGGAGGCCAUGGGAGAGCAGAGAUCUCAGGACGACAGUGACACUUUAACUGCAGAUAAAAACGGUGGCGUUUCUGAAAAUGGUGAAUCAGUGAAGGAAGACGGAUUGACUCAGAGUGAAAAAGACAUUGAGGCUGAGUUCCUCCGUCUGUCUCUGAGUCACCGCUGUGACAUGUUCACUCUGGAGAAGAGACUUCAUCUGGAGGAACGCUCACGGAACCUGGCCGAGGAGAACGUACGCCGAGAAGUGUCCAGCUGUCAGGGUCUUCUCCAGGCGCUGAUCCCUCUGUGUGGUGAUGAUAACCCCUCACUGGAAAUCAUCCAGCGGCUGCAGAAGAACCUGGAGAUCCUGCUGCAGUCCGUGACCCGAGUGGCCAGUCGCUCUGAAACACUGGGCUCCAUUCACCAGGAGUCUCGCAUGGGGAAAGCAGUGGAGGUGAUGAUUCAACAUGUGGAGAACUUGAGGAGGACGUACACUAAAGAACAUGCCGAGCUGCUGGAGCUCCGACAGAACCACUUGCAGAAAGACAGGUCCUUUGUCUCCCACAUGGACCAGGAUGAUUUCAGGAAGAAAAGGUCCAGCGCUGAUUUCUACAAGGUGGCGGCCCGUCGUGUCAGCAUAGCCACCAUCCCACGCAGCUCCAGAGCGCCGGCACCCAAUGGCAUGGCUAAAGAUGCGACUGAGAUGGAGACGUUGGGACGUAGGUCACCUGGGAACAUGCUUGGAAAGAACACACUGCGGGCGCCUCUAAAGCGCUUUAUUAGUUGCACUGAGACAGAAGGUCCUGCUCUUAGGAAUAGCAAUCCAAGUACCGCAUCAUCGAGCACUAAUCCGAGUCCGACGACUGAACUGGCCUCACCUUUUGCGGUGAAGGCGCCGCCUUCUGAACUACCUGAAGCUCCUAAGGGUGUCUGCACCUGGGCCGCAUUGAUGGUGGUGCUGGCUGCCUUCGUAGCAGUGUUGGGCAAGAUGCUGAUACAACCGGCGGCGGACGCGGCCCCUGUAGGCACCGGUGACUCCUGGAUGGCCAUCCAGCAGAUUCUGUGGCCCUACACAGGGCUCAGGCACAACGGCCAGCCCCCUGUUUAACAGUGUGAUGCCCCCUAGUGGAUGGGAGAUAAGUAGCAGCAAUCGGAGAGAUCAUGAAGCACUUUUUAAAAAUGGCAAAACAGCUGCAUGGAGGAAUAGUAUGACCAAGUACACUUUUUAAAGACGGAUAGGGACUUGCUUGAACACAAAUCAGUUAUAUAAUGAGUGUUUUAAUUGCCUGGGAAACAGAACUUUACAUCUGGCUGAUCUUCCUGUGCUGAAUCUCGGGACACAGAUUGAAGCAGCUACCUUUUUAGCAUUUUUACAUUCUGAUGAUAUCAAUGUUUAUUUUUAGUGACAGUCUAAGGAGGAACAAAUUGCUUUAUUUCUUUAAGUUUUGAAAUUGUAGCUUAUUAUUUUAACAUUUAUUGCUUUAACCUGAGUGUAGGGUGUAAAUAACAAAAUAGUUUGGUUUUUAUUCUUCCGUUUCAGCAUUUCAAACAAAUGUUUGUUUUUUGCUUUGCUGUGCACUGUUAUGGAUUUGUUUGGUUUUUUUUUUUAAAAUAUGUUCCAAAGAUGGAGAAGAAAAACGAGCUUUCGCACAAUAAAGUUACUAAUCCGUCUGCGAUCACAACUGGCUGCAGGUAUCAAUUAUGCAGUGCAUUUUACUGUAUAACACACACACACACACACACACACACACACACACACACACACCUGCAAGUGUGUGUGAAUCGUUCUGAAAGCAGAAAUUGGUCCAGGUUCCUGAAUCCGAUGUUGAUUUAUGUUUAAACCUUGGUGGUGAGGGAUUGAUUUGGUGAUUAUCUUGAAUUAAUUUAUCCCAAUUCCUAACUCUUAUUAGGUCAACAUUUUGGACAUCCUGCCUGUGAAAUAUUUGUCAAUCUUCUGCCACUUGUGCGUUUCACAAACUUUUUUCUAAGGUGCGUUGUCAGAGUAUGUACAGUAUAUACAGCACAUCUUAUUUAAAUUGUGUGUUUUAAGUCAUAUUUGCAAAAAUUCUUGUUCUGACAAACUCACGUUUGUUGAUUGGGAUGUACACUUGAUUGCAAAAGUUUGCACACCCAUAAGACCAAUAAAAGACUAAUAAAAUUUA